AUGUGGGCGGGGCUUGUACGUGAGGACAGAACGAGAGGUGCGGCGUCCGGUCUCUCUAGCAACCCUACCAACUUCCGGCAGGGAGGGGUACUGAAGCCGUGCGUUCUUGCGAGGCGUCGUCGUGGCGCAUGCGCCUUGAGCCCGGCAGGGAGCGCGUGGGCUGGUGACCCGACGGUUUCGCGAGCUCUUGCGGAGGAUGGAGCCUGCGGACCGAGGGGCAGCCUCGCACCGGCGGCUCCCUGUCGGUGCGGCUGCUUCUCGGGCGCUGCAGAGCUGGAGGAGCUGGAGUUGGAGCGCGGCGGGGCCCCGGCCCCGGCCCCGGCCGGACAACGGCUCCUCCCCGCGGGUCCCUCCGAGGCUGGGGAACCGCUGGGGACGGACGCCGAAGUGUACGUGGUCGGCGGCGACGGCGGCGGCGGCGGGAGAUGCGGGGCCGGUAACGUGCUCCGCUGGUUCACCUCUCUGGUGGUGUGCGCUGCCUUCCUGGGGCUGGGUCUGAAUAUUGCUAUAGUAGGACCUACACUUCAAGACUUGGCUAUAAAUGUGAACCGCAACAUCAGUGAUAUUUCUUACAUUUUUGUGGGCCGUGCAUGUGGGUUUCUAAGUGGUUCUGUGAUUGGUGGAUUUCUCUUUGACCACGUGAAUCAUAAUUUAAUUUUGGGAUUUUCAAUGUUGGGGACAUCUAUUGGUCUCUACCUUGUCCCCUUUUUCAAAAAAACAAUAUUACUGGUUGUUAUGAUGGCUGUCUUUGGAAUUUCUGCUGGAGUUUUGGACACAAGUGGCAAUGUCCUCAUCCUGAAAAUAUGGAGAGGUGAAGCAGCCCCACAUCUGCAGGCCUUGCAUUUCACUUUUGCCUUGGGGGCCUUUUUGGCUCCCUUACUGGCCAAAUUGGUAUUGGGCAGUACUGGGCCCUCUGAAAACCACAUGAUAGCUGACACAUCAAACUACUCUGAGCUUACCCUGCCACCUGCAGCUGACUUAGAAGCCAUAUUUGGAGUACCUGCUAAUAAGAAUUUGCUAUGGGCUUAUAUUGUUAUAGGAACUUAUAUUUUGGUGGUAUGUUCCUUCUUUGUUGUUUUAUUUUUCCAAAAAAUUCCAAAUCAAGAGAAAACAAAAGCAACUGCAGAGAGAUCUCAAACUGCGAAAUACCAGAAUGCCCUUCUUGGUCUCCUUUUUAUAUUCUUCUUUUUUUAUGUAGGAGCAGAGGUCACAUAUGGCUCUUACGUUUUCUCUUUUGCAACGCUCCACGCUGGCAUGAGUGAAAGCCAAGCAGCGGGCCUGAACUCUGCCUUCUGGGGGAUGUUUGCUGCUUGCAGGGGCAUGGCAAUCUGUUUUGCUACAUGUAUGCGGCCUGGGACCAUGAUUGUGUUAAGCAAUGUGGGUAGCUUGAUUUCCUCCCUGUUUCUGUUGAUUUUUAAUAAGAACCACAUUUGUCUUUGGGUGGCAACUGCAGUAUAUGGAGCUUCAAUGGCUACUACAUUUCCCAGUGGCAUUUCCUGGCUUGAACAGUACGUCACGAUUAAAGGGAAAUCUGCUGCUUUGUUUGUAAUUGGUGCUUCCCUGGGAGAGAUGGUCAUUCCUGCGGUGGUUGGAGCUCUUCAAGGAAAAUAUCCACAUCUCCCUGGGAUUCUGUAUGUUUCGUUGGGGUCAGCUAUUGCGACGGGAGUUUUGUUUCCUGUCAUGUACAAGCUGGCCACUGCACCUCUUGAUAGCAAGAUUCGGGAAAGUAGAAAGAGUGAAGACCAGAAAGCGCUACUCUCCACCUCUGGGUUUAAUGAUGAUGAUGAUGGUGAUGGGGAAGAGGGUGCUGAAGAAGAAUGGAACAAAGCCGACUUUGAAAUGAUUGAAAUGAAUGAUACAAUGGGGAAUUCGGUAAUAGAGACAUCUAGAAAAAUCUUGAGGGAAUCCCCCACAGAAAUCUCUAACCAGUUAUUGUCAGAUGACAUACAAUUCAGUUCUUCUCUGUUUAUUACUGGUAACUCCCCUGUGAAGCCCCUCACUCUAGACAGAGAAAAGAAUGAUUAACGGUAAACGAUGGAUUAGUGAUCGACCUCCGGUAACAACCAUUGACUUUAAGGAGGCAGAUCAGAGUAGAUCAUUAACAUUUUCCAAUACAUUUUAAGGUUUGGCACUUCUAGCUCUAAUUACAAAAAAUGGAAAAUUCUGGUAUGUCAUGUUGGCUUAGAGUCUGACAACAAAAGCGGGUCAGGUAUGGUCAGGUGUGGCUAGUAAAGUGACUUUACUGCAAAGUAGCCCCCCACAUUCAGAGGAUGCAAAGAAGGCAUAAUUAUUCAAGAAGGUUUUUUUUUUACUAGCAAAAGUCACCUAAAAGAAUGAUUGAAGAGUUGAACAAAUUACCAGAAUUCAAGAGUUUGCUGGUAGAGUUGGUAAGUGACCAACUCUAGUUGGUAAAGAUUGGUAGAGCCUCAUGAAAAAUCUGCUUGCCUCGAAAAGCUUCUUUAACCUGGAUAGAAAUUGUACAGCUACUUCUGUUCAGUUUGGAGCAAAUGAUGGGGAUGAUUUCCAAUUUCUGAUUCAAAGUAUGUUUCUGACAAUGAUGAUAUAUGGUGUGAUGGAAAAACCCCUGCGUUGGGAGUCAGGAGACUUUGGUUGCACUUAAAACUUUUUACCCCAAAUUAGCUCCAUGAUCCUACCUAAAUCACUUAAUUUCCGAGUCUUAGUUUUCUUACUUGUAAAAAUGAGAGUAUUUGACUUUGAUUACUAAGGUUUAAAAUGCUUUGUAUGGUAAUGAGAUAUUUUCCAAAGAGUGAAAUGCACUAACUUUAGUUGUGCAGGUUGUUAAUAAGGGCCAUUUCAUUCUUCCCAGAAAGGAGGCUGUGAGAAAAGUAGUGGAAAGAAGAGAGAUAGAGAUGACUUUAAGACUAUACUUUUUAUAAUGAAUUUAAUAUCCUGAAACUUUAGCACACUUUAAUGUUUAAUGCUUUGAGUCAUGGUCUAAAGAAGACAUCCUUAAUCAGUAAUUUACCCAGCUAUAGGGAAGUUUAUACUGUUGGCAAUUAUAUUUAUUGUUGUUUUUUUUUUUUUUUUCAGUGAGGCAAUAGGGGUUAAGUGACUUGCCCAGGGUCACACAGCUAGUAAGUGUUAAGUGUCUGAGGCUGUAUUUGAACUCAGGUACUCCUGACUCCAGGGCCGGUGCUCUAACCACUGCACCAUCUAGCUGCCCUGGCAAUUAUAUUUAAAAGGAAAAAAUAUUGAAAAGUUAGUAACUUAUUUUUCUAUGCUAAUUAUUUUUCUCUCUUAAGUUUGAAGGGGGAGUUUGCAUAUCUAAAUUAUUGUUAUUAAAAAGUAGCUUAAAAGGGCAGCUAGGUGGCACAGUGGAUAGAUCACUGGCCUUGGAUUCAGGAGUACCUGAGUUCAAAUGUGGCCUCAGACACUUGACACUUACUAACUAUGUGACCCUGGGCAAGUCACUUAACCCCCACUGCCUGAAAAAAAAAAUAGCUUAGAGUAGUAUUCCUACAUUGGUAGUCAGACCAAUUGGGAAGGACCCUUCUAAGGGUCCAUUACCUACCUCUACUACAAAUUUGUUUCUAAGCCUUGUGGGGCUAGAAACUCAGGUCUCACUUUGGUUGAUAACCACAUUCAUGAGAGAAUGAGCUAUCAACCCUGAGUGCUAAUUCAGUGACAAUAAGGGAUUUGCCUUUGCAGUGUUCUUUGUGUCUGUUGCUUUUCCAGGGCAAGCCUCUUCCUGUUGUUGCAUACUGAGGAAACCAAAUGAAAGUUAAGAAUAUUAUUCAGUGAUGCAGUUGUCCAUGAAGAGGAAGUAGAGCAUUUUUCAAAGGUUGUUUUCAUAUACAUUAUAGAAAACUUGAUGAGUUAUUCUCCACAGUGCACAGUCUGGGGAAUCCUAGGUUUUUAACUUCUUCACUUAAAGUGUGCCUCUUCACGGACAGUUUUAUAUUUUUUCCUUUAGAUUUUAUAACCAACCAUGCUUUCUGAUUGUAUAUUUCUGCCUUAGUACAACAUACAAGGUAUCUCUUACCUGAUGUGUAUCCCUUUCAUCAUCUUAGCUUGUUUCUGUGGCAGGCCAGCCAUUGAGCCUUGGAACCCUUUUGCUUGUUUACUACUUUAAAGCCACAUUGAAUCAUCUUGAUCUUUGGCUAUGAGUAGUGGCAAGUAGAAAGAGGAAGAACAGCCCUAUUCUUUUUAUAGAUGCCCUUGUCCCUGAGCUAAACCUCCGAGCUUACGGAUGCUUCAUUUGUUCCUCCAUUCUAUAAGCUGUCCUGUGGGCAUCAGAUUAAUACAGUUAUUUAGCCAGCAGCUGAGUGGAGAGGGGCAGGCUGAGCUAGAGGAUGGUGCUUAUUACACCAUUUUCAUACCUCUUAUAGGAGGAUGAAUGGCAUAGUUGGCUGUGGCCCAGGAAGAGAUAGGGGGAAAAACAAAAGAUGUCGAAAGAUAUAGAAAAUUACAUAGAAUUCCCUGAAAAGAUGCUCACCAUCAUAAGCUACAUUGUGGGUAGCCAUAAAGAGUUUAUUUUUAUAUUUAUAUAUAUAAUAUAUACACAUAUACCCACACACCAAUAUAUGUCUAUGUGUGUAUACACAGGUGUGUGUAUAUACAGAACUAGAUUGUUGUUUUUUUUAUAUCAUUAAGAGAAGAAUUGAAAUUUAUAUUGCUAGCAAUUAGUUAUCAUUUCUCUGGGAAAUAAAUGGGUCAUAAUAUCCAUCAUCUAUAUAAUCAAAACCUUAAGCAACUUAGGAGUUCAGGGUGCUCAAGAGAGUUAAUUCCAUUAAAUGGAAAAAAAAUUAAGUGUGAUGCAAUAAAUAUGUCUUAAGCACUUAAGAGCUGCACUGCCUGUCAUUCCCCUUCUCUCCUUCCCCCCAUCAAAAAAAAAAAAAGUCCAAAGUCCAGGAGUUAAUCUGAAGGAUGUCUCUGACCUUCUAUGGUCAUAAAGAGAUGAAGAAAGGGACACCACAACCCCAUGUCUUUUAGUUUUAUUCUUUUAUUCAAGAGAUCCUGAAGCAUUAAUAAAAUGGUAAUUUUAUUACCAUAUUGGUAAUAGAAAUUACCAAUUCACGUGAUAGUUUUUAAAAAAAUUCUUGCUUUGAAAAGUACAUUUUCAGGUUACCCAUUAUUUAAGAACUUGUCUAUUAAACAUCUAGUCAAAUUUUGUUUUUGAAAUUUUAAACAUUUUUCAUGGGCUGCUAAGUAGUGUGAAAUUUGGGAGAAAUGUUUUUCUCCUAAAUUUAUUCUGUUUAAUGUAAUUGGGGACUAUUUAGAAUGUGCUGGCACUAUGGUUGAUUGCCUAGGUGUUUAACUAGAAUGGAAGAUUUGUGGAUGGUAAUACUCUAUAUUAAAAAAAAACAACAACAAUCACCCAAACCAAAAACAACCCAUACGUGCACAAAAAAUAUAAUUGCACAUUCCUAAGAGAAAGUGUUAGAGGCUUAGAUCUUUGUAUCUUAUGUGGUACCUUCGCCAUAGGCGUUUCUAAUAAAUAAGUGAAUUAGGAAAUUUCAGUUAAUCAGAACAAUCCCAAACUCCAGUCAUGAUAUCUAAACAGACUUAUUGUAACAUAACCCUUUAAGAGUACAUAAUGGAGGUUAUUAUAUCACUUCCUAAGGCAUUGCACCUGCAGAGGUACUUUCAUCUUAUCUUACCCUCUUAAUAUAACUUCCUGUGCAGUUUAAUUGAAUUUGAAAUUUCUCCAUUAAUUCCUCCCAUGAGGACAUUGACCCUAUAAUGCCGUGUAUGCCUGUGAAAACUAGGAACUGCAAUGACCUAAGUUAGUCUUGGAAAAUGACUGGCCCAUUGCUCAGUAGCAAUAAAGUCGGUACCUUCAAUUUCACAUCAUGGGUUUUUUUUUCUAGAAGUUGUACAGAAUGCUAACUUACCAUUAUUUCCCUCUCAUCAACAAGGAACAAGUAUACCCAUUUUCCAAAUAGAAAAUCAAAAUCAGAGAAAAAUGACAAUUCAAGCCAGUUUGUUUGGAACAUAGUGAAGAAGAGGUGUAAUGUGAGGGAAUAUCUACCCUCUGUCUCCAUUGCCCCUUGAAAUUCAGAGUACUAGAGGAUCACCAACUUUGUGGGCUUCUCUCUUACUUUGGGGAGUAUUUUUUUCAGUUACAUGUAAAGAUAGUUUUCAACAUUUGUUUUUAUAAUAUUUUGAGUUCCAGAUUUUUCUCCUUCCCUUCCCAAGACAGAAAGAAAUCUGAUAUAGG